CAUUUUCGCUACUCCGGAACAUGCCAGGACCGUCGCCAUACUUGAGAUCAAAACUUCCUGGACAGAAGCAAAGUAUUUUUCAAUGAGUUCUUCUAGUAUACUCCGUCCUUAAAGGAAUCGUGUGUGCCUCGGACAGAAUGGAGGCAGACUUUGAACCAGAGGACAAGUACAGCUGGUACUUUGGUCCCUUGUCAAGAGAAGAGACAAAUGAUAUACUGAUGGAUAAAGAACCAGGGACCUUUCUGGUCCGUGACAGUCAAUCAAUACAAGGAGAUUUUGUUCUCUGUGUCAGGGAAGAAAGAGUAAGCCACUACAUCAUCAACAAAAUACAAGUUGGAGGAACUCCACGGUUUAAAAUUGGAGACAAAGAGUUCAGUGACAUACCUAGUUUGCUCAAUUUUUACAAAUCACACUAUUUAGACACAACAACACUUGUUCGACCGGCACCAAGAGAGAAGGUUGUAGGAAAAUUUGAUUUUGCAGGACGGGAUCCUGAGGACUUGCCCUUCCGCAAAGGUGACAUCCUGGAGAUAAUUUCCAAAGACGAGGAGGAGUGGUGGUCAGCUCGUGACAAACAAGGUCGUGUUGGACAGAUUCCAGUUAAAUAUACUGCCAAGGUCACCAAUGGUGAACCACCACUUCCUACACAUCCUCAGAUUCCCGUGAAUGAAAAGCCAGUUUAUACUAGACCAGAACCUAUACCUGCUUCGUUGACAAAGAUUCAGCUUCCAGCAUUAGCUAGAGUGAUCACAGAUCGCGUCCCCAAUGCAUACGACACAUCGGCACUGCGGCUGAAGAGAGGUGAUAUAGUCAGGGUGCUUGCAACAAAUGUUUAUGGAAUGUGGGAAGGGGAAGUCAAUGGACGACGAGGCACUUUUCCAUUCACUCACGUGGAAUUCAUAAGGGAAGAUGAAUCACACCCAACUUAAAUUAGGCUUGUCCUUUAUUGUGUGUGUAUGUUCAUAAUGUUCAAGCUGGUGUGUGUAUGCAUUGCAUAUGUCUUUCUUUCGAUCCCAAUGACCAACGAAUGCAAGACUGCAGAGUUUUUUGUUGUUUUUUUUCUGGGAGUGGGGGGAUGCUCUCUGUUGGAAGUUUUUGUUUGUGGGUUCCCCAACUAGACACUGGACAGUUUCUUUGUUAAAUCAUCUCAGAAUGCAGCAUUUUUGUGUCAGUUCUUGGAAACGAGGUAAAAGAGCAUACACCAACUGAAACUUUUGCUUUUGAGAGUUGCUUCAUGAGAGAGAAAAUUAUUGAAUGUGAUGCAUAAGUGAAGCUGUAAUAAUCUGUAAGUCUCAUGUCUCAUCAUUUGAUUGUGCAUAUUUUGAAUUAAUAGUAGUGAUGGCUGACAAGACAUAAGAAAAGGCUUUUACGCUGAUUUUACUUAAAUGAGGUACAAAGACUUUAUUGCCUUGAUGAGUGAGGUCAGUUCUGCAUCCUACCUUAUAGUGCAUGGCUUAUUGGCAGUUGCUGCUGUGAUCAUGCUGUUUCUGAAAAUGGUAUAAGUUCAUAUUGCAAAAAUCAUGCUGACUGUAUAACUUGUAUGUUUUUUUCCCAAUUUAUGUGAAAAAACACAGUGGAUAAAGUAGGUUUUUUGUUGUUUUUUAUAAUGUGUUUAUUAAAAAAAAAUUCAAGAUAUGUCAUAUUUCAGGGUUUUGAAAGAUCAUAAAGAUGGAAUACUUUUUACUUUCCGUGCAAUGCUUAAAGUUUUGCACUGACAUUGGUUUUCAUUGCAGUCAGCUGAGUACAUCCAUUUAUUAGUUGCUGUACACAGUGCUGGCAUGCACACAGAGAGUGGGUGGAUUAUAUUCACAAGAGAAAAGCAUUUUUUAGUAGGCAUUUGUUCUGUCAUUCUGCUCUUUGAUUUUAAUGUAUUAGCGUUAUCAAUGCUAUUGACAAAUUGAGUAUUACUAAGUUAACAUUAGUUCUCAAUCACCCCAUCUUCCCCCGCCCCUCCCUUUGCAAAUUGGCUGUGCUUUUACUUUUUUAAAAAAAAUAAUGUUUGCCAGGUAAAAAGAUAUCUGUGGUACAAGCAGCUAAUAACAGAAUUUUUCUAUGGUUUAUGUACAGUCUUUUAUCUGAAGUUGGAGAAUGUGGCUAUUAUUUCUUCUUUGUUCUCUCAGUAGCAGGAAUAUUGUUAAAUUUCUUGAUUGACAGCUUAAGAAAUUUACUGCUUAAUAAACUUGUUUACCUUGUAAAGCGUCUGUGUUUGGCCAUGAGACUAUGCCCUUUUUUUUGGCUGUUAUAUAAAAAAAAUCCAUGUUACAGACCUCCAGACCAGACCUUCUCUUUUCUUGUCUGUCUGUCCGUCCAUCAUCGUUAGCCUGCUUCUAAUUUUUGCUCUUGUAACCAAUGCUUUAUUUUCAUAAGUGUACAAACUGAUGUAAAUGGGGAGAACUUACAUACAAUGUAAACACCAGAAUGUAAGAAAAACUUCAUCACAACUACCCCCUUUUUUUCAGAGGGUAUGUCAAAGUGUUGUGUGUUUUAAGCAUCUUAACAUGAUGUAUAUAUCUGCUGAAUUGCAGCCCAAAGAAAUUUUCAUUGUUAACAUGCUCAGGGGUGAGUACAUUAAAAAGUGCUUCCACCUGUACUUUAAGAGCAGAAUUGGAGAACAUUUUCCCUCUUUAAGCUUUAUUUUUCUGACUGAAGGAAGGCUAUAAGUAAUAGAAAUUUUUAAGUGAUGAAUGAAACCGUCUGUUGUGGUCAUAAUACUAAUUGGCUAUUUAGAUGAACAUGUAAUUGGGUGGUAAUAAAACAGCAGUUCAAAUUUCUUAGCAGAGGUUUAAAGCACUGAUUCAAACAUUUCAAAAUUAUAAAAUGUAGUUUUAAAUUUGGCUUCUAUCAUGAGUUUAUUGUGAAACACAUGUUUGUAAAUUGGUGGGGAAUUUAUUACUCAGGGUAAAUAUUUAGCAUGGAGCUUUUCAUAUUUUUGGAAGGAUUUUAUAGUUAAGAUUAAGCAUCAUAAACCAUAUUUGCUUUAUAUUUCAAUUGUUUGAAAUUUUGUCACUGUCAUCGUUUCCAAACUGAGCAAUUGUGAUUAGAUGCAAAUAAAGAAAGAGCUAAAUUC